AUGAAGCUAAUAUCCCAUCUUUCUUCGUUACUGCAAGAUCACGAAGACGGACUGCCAACGAGCUUCGACAAGAAUCAAGCUAGCAUAUCUCAACAAAUCACCUUGAGAGAAGCUGUGGCCGCAUCAUUGGCGAAAAUGAUGCUAACGAGGAGUUCGGAGGCAUUGAAGAAAGCGACGAAAAAAAGCACGAAGAUGAGAAAAGGAAAGUUCUCUGACAUCGCAAAUGAACAGAAACAAGGAAGACCGAUGUCCAAUUCUUCGAAUAUCAUGAAUGCACCUACUACCGUCCCAGCAAAACGCGUGAAGCUGAGAUUGAGACCUCUGAGUGAACUUGAUUCGACUUGUUUCGGCCUUGUGCUAAUCCGAGAAGUCGAAGCACUCAACGUGAAAAACGCGCCGGCCUCGGGCAUAGUUCACGCAUUUCAUCGUCUUGAGCAAUUCUCCAAACAAGAUAACUUUUCCCGCAUUGCUAUCCGCGGAGCUGCAACAGCUGCGGCACCUGCCCCGAAGAAACCUGAGAAAACUUCUUUUGGGAAUCUCAAGGACUCUGAUCGAAUUUUUACCAACUUAUACGGUCGUCAUGACUUUCGUCUCAAAGGAGCGAUGGCUAGAGGUGAUUGGUACAAAACCAAGGACAUCAUUCUGAAGGGCUCAGAGUGGAUUAUCAAUGAAGUUCGUACUUCUGGACUACGUGGAAGAGGCGGUGCUGGUUUUCCCGCAGGAAUGAAAUGGAGCUUCAUGAAUAAGCCAUUUGACGGACGUCCUAAAUACCUCGUGGUGAAUGCAGACGAAGGAGAGCCUGGAACAUGUAAGGAUCGUGAAAUUAUGAGACAUGACCCACAUAAGCUUAUUGAAGGAUGUCUUAUAGCUGGUGUAGCAAUGGGUGCUCGAGCCGCUUAUAUCUAUAUACGUGGUGAAUUUUAUAAUGAAGCUUGCAUUCUCCAGGAGGCUAUCAGCGAAGCGUAUAAGGCUGGCUAUCUUGGCAAAGACUGCUUCGGAACGGGUUACACAUUCGACGUUUUUGUACAUCGUGGGGCUGGUGCAUAUAUCUGCGGAGAGGAAACGGCGUUGUUAGAGUCGUUAGAGGGAAAACAAGGGAAACCUCGCUUGAAGCCUCCUUUCCCAGCCGAUAUCGGUCUUUUUGGCUGUCCGACAACUGUCACAAAUGUGGAGACCGUUGCAGCUUCGCCGACUAUCUGUCGAAGAGGUGGGGAAUGGUUUGCCUCAUUUGGACGCGAGCGCAACCGUGGAACCAAGCUUUAUUGCAUCUCUGGACAUGUCAAUCAUCCAUGUACAGUCGAAGAAGAAAUGUCUAUUCCACUGAAGGAGCUCAUCGAGCGACACUGCGGUGGAGUCAUCGGAGGAUGGGAUAAUCUUUUAGCCAUUAUCCCUGGAGGCUCUUCCGUCCCUCUUCUGCCAAAGGAAAUCUGCGAUAACGUGUUGAUGGAUUUUGACGCUUUGAUUGAAGUGAAGUCGGGUCUUGGAACUGCUGCUGUCAUAGUUAUGAAUAAACAAGCCGAUAUCGUCAAGUGCAUUGCUCGCUUAGCCAGGUUCUACAAACACGAGACUUGUGGACAGUGUACGCCGUGCAGAGAAGGCUGCAAUUGGUUGGACAAAGUCAUGUGGCGGUUUGUUGAUGGCAAAGCGAAAACAAGUGAGAUCGACAUGUUAUGGGAAAUCACCAGACAGAUGGAAGGGCAUACGAUUUGUGCUCUUGCCGAUGCUGCUGCAUGGCCUGUGCAGGGUCUGAUUCGCCACUUCCGCCCAGAGUUGGAACGUCGUAUGGCUGAAUUCCACAAACAAGUGCUUGCCGAAAAUGCAACAAAGAAAAUCCAAGCACACAACUGAAGCUUAUGAAAGUUAGAAUUAGUUUUCUAGGCAGGUAGCAAUGUGACAUACGUGCCCGUCAUUGGUCGCCGUUUUUCUUCCGAUGAAAUGGACUAUAUAAAUUUUGUGAUCAUUAGUAUAGAAGAAAUGAAAUUUCUACAGGUGUU